CCAAUCAGAGAGCCGCGGCGGGAAACACAGCUGAUCGAGGAGGAGCUGAAGGAGAUUUGGCGCAAGUUUGAGUCCAGUGUGCGACAGAAGACGGACAGAUACAGACGCAGAGAGGACGUGAAGACAACAGGGACUUUAUCAGCGUUUUAAAAUAAAGAUUUAAUACAAAAUGCCCAGCACUCGCUCUCAGGGCCGGGCUCAGCCCACGCUGUCAUUCCCUCGCCGCAAAUCCUGCAGAGUGUCCUCCCACCCCAAGACGCCGCAGCAGGAGCAACCUCCAGCUCCAUCACCAACCAAAUCCGAACCACAGCACCUCGCACGGACCCUGACCCGGAUUGGACCGCUCUCACCCAGACGUCCAGAUGCCCAGCAAGCACCACCACCUUCAUCACCCUGUCUACAGCCACGGCUUCCCCUCAGCCCCCGGAAACGCACAGGUGACGACAACAGCUGCAACCUCAGUGUCGGCCUGCUGGGUUCACCACCAAAGCAGGGCAAGCUGUCUCUGGCAUCACCGCGAAAGCUCGGCUUUGAUGAGAACUCUCCGGUCCCAGCUCGCCGGCAGCUUGUCCCCUCAUCACCACGACAGCCACGCUCUCCCACUGCCAGACCGUCCCCGAGGCGACAGGAGACGCCUACUGGUAGCCCGGCCUGCCAGAAGCUACCAGUCGCUCGGCUCUUUGCAGAAAAGUCGAGGUUUCAAAACGUGAAACAGGCGCUUCACACCGCUGUACCCGAGCGGCUCCUGUCCCGGGAGGCCGAGCGGACGUCCAUUCGGUCUUUCCUGGAGGAGAAAGUCCUCCAGCGUGUCCCCGGCAGCCUCUACAUCUCCGGAGCCCCAGGGACUGGCAAGACAGCCUGCCUCAACUGUGUGCUGCAGGAGAUGAAGGCCGAGCUGUCAUCGGUACAGACAGUGGUGGUGAACUGUAUGAGUCUACGGAGCUCCCAUGCCAUCUUUCCUCUGCUGGCAGAGAGGCUGAAGGCACCCGGCGGACAGAAUGGACUGCAGAAGUUCCUGUCGGCCUCGGGCCCCGCUGUGCUCCUCGUCCUGGAUGAGAUGGACCAGCUGGACAGUAAAGCUCAGGAUGUCCUCUACACCAUUUUUGAAUGGCCAUACUUGCCAAAGUCUCGCCUCUGUCUCGUCGGUAUCGCCAACGCUCUGGAUCUGACCGACCGCAUCCUGCCCCGACUGCAGGCUCGUCCUCAUUGUCGCCCCCAGUUGCUAAACUUCCCUCCCUACAGUCGCGAGGAGCUCACGGCCAUCGUACAGGACAGACUGACUCGGGCGUCAGCUGAUGGGAUCAUGGAUGCCUCGGCGGUUCAGUUCUGUGCCAGGAAAGUGUCAGCGGUGUCGGGAGAUGCCAGGAAGGCUCUGGACAUCUGCAGGAGAGCUGUUGAGGUCGUGGAGUCUGACGAGAGGAAGAAAGCGUCAGAUCCAAAAGCCGAAAGUAAAGUGUCGCGGGUCAGCCUUCCCCAGGUGGCACGGGUGCUGUCAGAGGUGUACGGAGACCGGAUGGCGUCUCAGUGCGGCAGCUCUGAUGGAGAGAGUUUCCCCCUCCAACAGAAGCUGUUGGUCUGCUGCCUGCUGCUGCUCAUACGUAACGGAAAGAGCAAAGAGAUCGUCCUCGGAAAGCUCCACGAGGUCUACAGUCGUCUGUGUUCCCAGAGGCAGGUGUCUGCAGUCGGUCAGGGCGAGUGUUUGUCUCUCUGCAGUCUGCUGGAGAGUCGAGGCAUCUUUGCUCUGAAGAAAGCCAAAGAGGCUCGUCUCACCAAGGUUUUUCUAAAGAUCGAAGAGAAGGACAUCGAAAACGCUCUGAAGGACCGAACUCUUCUGGGCAGCAUCCUUGCUGCAGGACUCCCCUCGUGAUCACAUAUUUAUUAUUUUUAAGUUGAACUCAAGAACCAAGAUUUUUUUUAAUGGAUUUUUUUUCUCAUUUUUGCUGAGAACUUGUACAGUUUUUUUGUUUUUGUUUUUUUAAUGAAAAUAUGUACUUUUUUUUUUCCCCCCCUCAUACUGAUGAUGCUGCUCAGUUUUGAGUUGUUGAAUAAUGUUGAACCCAUCAGUUAUGAAAUUACAGCAUUCGUUUUUUAGUUUGGAUUUGAAAUGUUUCCAUUUUUAUGCUGUAAAUAAACAAAUGUACAGAUGUUUUAA